CAGUCUACUCGCAGAGGUCUCAAGAGGGCAACAGGCGACUGAAAGCUUCGAAUAGAAAUCCCUUCGUGGAACGAAACCCUACGAAACGCUGUGAUUAUGGAGACAGAGGAGGAAGCAUCUGGACAGAUGACGGACGAGAUCUACACGAACGGCGUUGACGAUGAGUCGUUAUCGCAGCAGCAGCAACGUAGACCGAUUAUCAGUGGCGAGCAACUCGACAUCGAGGCGUACGCCGCCUUAUACACAGGUCGUACUAAAAUUUCGCGCUUGAUAUUCAUCGCCGACAAAUGUGGCAAUGUUUCGAUGCAGUUAGAGGCGCUUCGAAUGGCGUAUGACGAGAUCAAGAAGGGAGAGAACACACAGUUGUUUAGGGAAGUUGUUCAGAAAAUCGAUGGACGAUUGGGUCCGAAUUACAGUUCCGAUUCGGGUUGGAUGGACGCGGUGGACCGUAGGGCUGACCAGAGGAAGGAGAAACUUGAGAAUGAGCUUAAUGCUUACAGGACAAACUUAAUUAAAGAGAGCAUAAGAAUGGGAUACAACGACUUUGGAGACUUCUACUAUGCUCAUGGUGCACUUGGAGAUGCAUUCAAGAACUAUGUACGCACCCGUGAUUAUUGCACAACUGCAAAACACAUCAUACACAUGUGUUUAAAUGCAAUUUUAGUCAGCAUUGAAAUGGGUCAAUUUGCACAUGUUACAAGCUAUGUCAGCAAAGCUGAACAAAACAAAAAUGACCUUGAUCCCAUCACAAUUGCAAAACUACAAUGUGCUGCUGGACUCGCCCAUCUUGAGGCUAAAAAGUACAAGCAUGCUGCUCGCAAGUUCUUGGAAACAGCUCCAGAAUUGGGAAACAACUACUCUGAAGUUAUUGCAGCUCAAGAUGUUGCUACAUAUGGUGGACUUUGUGCCCUUGCAAGUUUUGAUCGAGCAGAACUCAAGGCAAAAGUAAUAGACAAUAUUAACUUUCGUAACUUUCUAGAGUUAGUGCCUGAAGUGAGGGAGCUUAUUCAUAAUUUCUAUUCAAGCCAUUAUGCUUCUUGUUUGGAGUACCUUGGGAACCUUAAAGCAAACCUUUUGUUGGAUAUUCAUUUGCAUGAUCAUGUGGAGAUGCUGUAUACUCAAAUUCGUAAUAAAGCUCUCAUUCAGUAUACUCAUCCAUUUGUAUCUGUUGACUUGAAUAUGAUGGCAAAUGCUUUCAAAACCACUGUAGCUGGACUACAGAAGGAACUCGAAGCUUUAAUCACAGAUAACCAAAUACAGGCGAGAAUUGAUUCACACAACAAAAUUCUUUAUGCUCGGCAUGCGGAUCAAAGGAAAGCAACGUUUCAGCGAGUUUUGCAGACUGGAAUUGAAUUUGAUCGAGAUGUUAGGGGGAUGCUGUUGAGGGCGAAUCUUCUCAAGCAUGAUUUUAAUCUCAAGGCUUCAAGGAAAAUCUAAAUCAUCACGUUUUUUUUUUUUUUUGAGAAUUAUUAUAUGAAAAGAAAAAAGAGAAUGGAAAUUCAUGGUGCUUGGUGGUUUAAGGUGGUUGUUUUUUAUGAUGUUAAUGUUGUAAAAAGAUUGGAUAAGACUUGUGAUGCAUGAUCAUGAUCUUGAGGGUAAAGAGUGCUGUUUAUAUAUUCAGAUUGAGAA